AUGACCCUGCCUAUAGAAGCUCUUGAUAUUGAGCAUAUCGGUACUGUCCAUCCGAGCUUGAUUUCUACCCCGACUGUCGAUACUGACGCCGAUACUACUAUGAAUCGGACUACUCUGACUCAUCUCCAUCACCUAGAUACCUCUCCCGGGACCAAGAAGCUUGCCAGGUCCCGAUCAUCAUUGGAGGAGGGUUCGUUACUGCAAGUUUCUUCUUCCUCGCCGUCUCUUCUAGGCCUGUCUUCAAGCCUGGCUUCCCCCUCCUCCCUUUCGUGGAGGAUUCGCCCCCUUAGCAACCGCGAACCUGUCCUUGGAGGGAGGACAGCUUGGUACCGCGAAAGAGCACAUCAUUUUAUUGUUGUCACAGCAUGCCAUGAAGCCACCUAUGGGCAACUCAUGCAGGAAUUUUGCCACAGCAAGUUUAAGUCUGACAUGGAAACUCUCAGGAAGACACUUUGGUGUGACUGGGAGAAGACUCUGGGCUGGUAUGGAGAGCUGACUAAUUGUACGUUCCUGAUAGCUGGAAACCUGAAAUGUUACUGGCCAAACCGACUAGUGGAUGAGUUCUUCAUAGCAAUUCACAAGCAGUACUUCAAAAACUGCCCUGCCUCGGGAAGGUUGUUGAGAGACCCCCCAAAUACCAUUUUGUGUCCAUUCAUUGUGAUACCCAUUUUUGUCACUCUGCUCAUGACGGCACUGGUAGUGUGGCGGAGCAAACGUAGUGAAGGCAUUGUCUAAACUUUCUCAGCCCUUGGAGGCACGGACUGGCAGUGAAGAAGUAUGCAAAGGUCUCCAGCUUUCACAGAGCCUCAGGGAUGCUGAAUUUGGGCUCCAAGCAAAGUUAUAGACUGAAGAACAUUUCUAUUGCUCCCUCUAUGGAGGUGUGGAUGGCAAAAUGACAUAACAUUUUAAAUCAGUGUCCAAUGAUAGCAAACAUCCUGCUUCCCAGAGAAAAAAGGUUAUAUUCUCUAGUUGUAGAUAAUAAACAUUUUGCUAAAAACCAA